GAGUAGGCGGCGUACGUAGGCGCAUUUAAUGUAUUUCUAUUUUUGGAGUUUCAAAAUAUCGGGAUUUCUGUAACGAUUACAGAUCAGAGAAACAUAUAGGUUUUCACCAUUCACCACAGCAAAUUUUCGGCUCAUGUAAUUUUUGCCACGGAAGUGAUUGCUUUAUUACUUCAUUGGCAGUCACCCAACAGUAAGUCACCCUCGGACUCUCUAAAAUCAAUGUAUUAAAGCUCAGUUAUCUCGUAUGCUGACUCCCCACUCUCGGCAUUUGAGGCAAAUAGAAAUAAUAACAGGGCGGAUUUGCAUGCAUACAGCAUAUAAUUCUCUUUGGACCCAGCACACAACUAUCCCAUCGUUCUUGGCAGAUCAGGAAACCUGGAAGUCACGAAAACAUCAGGACAUACAUCAGGCUAGGUACUGUAAUAUAAAGUUUGGAAGUCUUCACGAAUAACCAACCAUUAUCUUCGUUUAAACUUAAGGCUGGGACUCGGCAAUUAAGCUCAGAACAAUUGCGCCACGAGCUUACACUUAGUUUGGUCUAUACUAGCCUUCACUGUAAAUUAAACUUGGAAGUAUGCGUGAAAACAGAAAAAGCUGCCAGGCUGCACCGUUAUUCUAUACUCAGACCUAAAUCCGCUUGAGUUUGUAGUUCGCAUGUAUCAGUGCAGAAUAUGUGUUAAUAAUGCAGUCGGAUUUCAGUGGUCAAGAGUUGUACUCCACACAGUAUGUUUUACGUUACUGGAAUGAAAGUGAAACAAGUGAAUAAAUGCAACAGUCAAGUUUCCCUUUUUUGUGUAAACGAACAGGCGUCAAAUUUUUCAUGAAACCGCUACAACUGUCCAAUGAAAAUUUAUCUGAAUUUGUGCAGUCAAAUACGUUGGAGUCCGAUUCAGGAGAUUGUUUUGGUGUAAAUGUUUACGAGUUUCAAGAAGGAGAAGAUCUUUAUGGUCCCCGUGCACGUGGUUAUCAAAAACCUAAACAUAUGUGGAUGGCCAAAGACCAAGCCCUAACGAAUAAUAAGUCAAACAGUCCAACUCCAGCGACAACAACUCUAGAUUUUGGAAGUGAUUGUUGCACCACUCAGAAUGGUUGCACUUCUGUUCCUUCUGGUAAUUUGAGAUGUCUAUCACCAAAUAAUAUGACGUACACCAUGGGUUCCCCAUCAACAUCUGGUAGUAUCCAGGGUCUUUCAACAGCCCUAUCGUCUUGUACCAACACAAGCAAUAGUUUAUGUAGUCAUACCUCUCCAAUUAUCGGUUUAAAUAUGGCUGAAGUCACUAGCACAUUUGAAAGCCCUACUUUCACUGAAGGAAAAAAUGAAAAAAGUGCACUGCUCACUUGUGAAAUAAACUCUGUGAUUAAAAAAUCUAAAUCCAGUGUCAAACUAACUACCAAAAAACGAACUACCGGAAAAUAUUCCCUAAAGAAAUUCGAAUCUAGCGGUAAUACUAAUUCAUCUGUACCUGAUACCAGUAAAGUUCAAUCACCAAAUAAUAAACAGUCUUAUUCUCACAGGCAUCGACAACCUCGUUCUCGCAACAAUCGAAAGUCUAAACGAAAUUCUGUAAGUGAAUCAUCGUUGACUUCGUUUUAUCCAACCCAAACUCCUAAUUUGUCAACAGAUAACCACCUGUCUUUAUCACCCAGUUUGACUAUGACGCAACAGAUAAGCCAAGAAUCUCCUAUCCAAGCACCUAUGUAUUCCAAAGGUUUAACUUCAUCGUCUUUCGUUUCUGGCGGACUGAAAAUUCGGCUUCGUCGGGACGCAGCUAUAGAUUUCAAUAUUGGGAAAGGUAAACGAGCUAAAAGUAAAACGGCUCCUGCAACAUUUCGUAUUGUAGAGUCGUGGUGUGAUGCAGAUGCUCCAGGAGGAGACUUUACCAGAAGGGCCAGGGCAGUCACCAGUAAUUCUACUUCCCCUACAUUUAGUCUGGUCUCAGGGGGAUUACGUGUUGGUGAUAUAGUAUGGGCUAAACUUGCUGGCUAUCCGUAUUGGCCAUCCCAGAUUAACGCUAUCUGGGCUCGCACUGCCCAUCAGCUUUCUCAAGCCACUCUACUUCCAACUUCACAGUCAUUGGAUGGCAAUGCGUCAUCUUUGGCUGUUCUUGCGACUCCUUCAGAUCCAAGUUUGGCGGCUGGAUAUACUGCUCGCGUUGACUGGCUUGCUUGGGAUCAGUGUUCUUAUUUAAGCUGUGCUAAGUUGUACCCUUUUAAAGAGUCUUUUGAUAAACUUUAUAAUCCACGUACCCGGGUAAAAGGAUACGCAGAAGCUGUGCGCCUUGCGAAGCAAAUUGUGAAUGGGACCUAUAUUCCCAAUGAAAAUUUGGAUUCUCAGUUGUCGUGUAUGUCUCCACAAAAUAAAUCUCACUCAUCAUUGUGUGGUCAGAUUUCGGCGCCACCUAGUACUGAUAGCCAGUGGUCAUCUAUGACAACUCUUUCAUCUUCCCUAGAAAUUCCGACUACAGGUACUAGUAAUCAAACUUCUCGUGAAUUAAGGGACAAACACACCAUACUAUUGCCAUCUGAAUUACCACCAGAUCCCUAUAUAUCAUCACAAUUAAGUCCAUCUCCCCAUUCAAUCACGAACCUCUGCUCUGGUGAGGGAUUAGUGAGAACUUCAGACGCAUUUUCAUCUACAUCUAAUAACUCAUGCCUUCUAAUUGGUGAUAAAAGCCUGGAACUGCCUGAAUUGGACAAUAUGGCAAUGUGGGCUCCUCUUCCCCAAUUAGAUGUUUCAGGUCUUGGUGUUUUCCAUGUUCCGACCUUUUCAGAAGAUGAGGAAGAAUUGGAUCAAUCCAUUGUGAACCAGCUGCACUUAGAUUUCGGUUCAUGUCUGCAAUAAUGAUACAAUAGCCAUAAUCGUGAUAUUAACAAGAGGGUAAUGCUUUUUUAUCUCCAAUCUUUCAAAACACAAAGUGUAUCAUUUUUUGUUUAUUCUUGUUUUUUUUUCUCUCAAUAUCUCUCCUUAAUUGUGAUAGAUCUACACUUAAUCUAUGAAAAUGUUCUGGUGCCUAUUUUAUGAUAUUGCCCCACCCUUGGGUUUGUUUUUGCCAUCCUCCAUUACAUUUACUAGACUCCUAUUAACCGAAUAUCACUUUUGAUUUUACAAAUCGUUUACUAGUAGUUCACACCCAGUUUGCAGCAGUCAAAAUUUGGAAUUGUGUAUAUUAAAUAAGAAUCAUUGAUGUGUUACAGUUACUGUUGUUAUUGCCACUUUCUAUGAAACUGCAAGUCAUGUAUCGCACAGAUCAUCUCUAUAAACUCAUGUAUUCAGGUAUUUAUAUAAAUGUAGUAACUAUGUAUUAAGAAAUUCAAUUUUAACUUCUAUCCAAUUUUUUUGUGCAUAUAAAUAUGAUUGCAUGUGUUUCUAUUUUUCAUUGAAUUUUGUACACAUGCUCCAGCUUGUUAUUUCUUCAUUUUCUUUUAAAUAUCUGUUGUUCAUUCACAUAAGAGUAACACAUUUAUGAUCUGAAUUGUCUGUUCAAGAAUGUGUAUUUACUGUUUCUAUUCCCAGUCAUCUUUAUAUGGGAUUAAAAAAGUAAUCUCAGCUUCGUCUUUUUCUUCUUCUUUUUUUUUUAUUAUGGGAUUUUGCUAUUUCGACAUAAUUGUCACCCUUAUCUUUUAAGGAAAACAAAAAACAAACUAUGCUCAUUUCUUGUAUAAAUAUUAUUUUUAAAGUUUAAAAAAAAUAUCCUUUAUUCU